AUGGGGGCCCUGAUCUCGGUCUACGGCGCUGUGAUGCAUGUGAACCGCGGGAACCCGGCUGGCCAGGAGGUGCUGGUGGAUUCAUGGCCAGAGUUCAAAAUGGUCCUCACCCGGCCACGCAGAGAAGUGGCGCGGGACCCAAGUGAUUAUUUCACCAACUUGUACACGGCCUUUUAACGGGACGAGGGCGCCUGCCGGGCCCUGCUGGGGAACAGCCGCGCCAUCGACUGGGGCCUGGCCUUCCAGAUACUGGGGCUGCAGGACGGGGUACAUGAGAGCAUCAGGAACAUCGCCAGGGGCCAGGGGGCUUGA